GACGGCCGAGAGAGAAAGGGAAAAUAUGUUAGGGUUCAGCAGGCUAAAGUACAUUUCCCCUCCGCGAAUCCCAGGAAUCCCUCAGAGGCCUACUUAUCUUCUUCCUCAUAACUCUUCUUCUCCAUUUAUCAAAACCCAAUUUCGAAUUCCCAGAUCCCCUUCAAGAUUCGCAUUGUUUGCUCGAAACGGGAACAACGAUGAUCUAACCAAAGAAUCCGGCGAGAAGGAGAAGCCAAAUGGGUUCGUCAACGGUGACGGUGGCGAUUUUGAUUCGAAGAAGGAUCGGCAGCCUGCAUUUAAUUUCAGGUGGGGUGACCUGCUGGACCCUGACCCUGACAACAUCCUGGCUGUUGGAUUGACGGGUUUGCUGGCGUGGGCUAGUGCCCAAGUUCUGUGGCAGCUCUUCUUUAUCUCGUUGGCCAUUCUGGUUGCUGCUCUCAAGUACACUUUCAUUGCUGCUCUCCUCAUUUUCAUUCUUAUUACCCUUCUUUGAAUCUCUGCUCUACCUUACUUGUGCAAGUUUUGUCCCUUUUUUUUUUUUCUCAAAAUUAUACUGUUAUAUUAUGAGCUCAAGAUGAAUUGGGAGAUGUUGUUUCUUAUUUAUUUUUUUUUUCUCAAUGAAGAGCCUGAGGAAUGCAGAUUCAUUGGACAAUCACUUGUUCUUAUAAUCAUAUUUGCAAAAGUACAGAUGGAAUAGCAGUCUUAUUGGUUGUAA